GUCCAAAAGGAAACCACGAUCACAAAACAAGCUGAGAUAAGUGGGGCCCCACGUAUCAGAAAUGGUUACCAACCUCACAAUCUCUCCCCUCACUGCGCAACACAAUCCCUGCCUGCAGUCCCUUUUCCUGGAAGAGAGAAAAAAUCUGUGUAGAGAAAAUCAAACGAAAGAAAAAGAAGCCAUGGGUUCAGUAGCAGCAGCUGCAGCAACAAGAACACCAUCCCAUCUUCUAUUUUCAAGCUCUCGUUCCCUCUCUCGUCUCUCUCUCUUUGACUCCAACACUACACUUCUCUCGUGUCGCAAUAACAUUAAUCUUAGUAGGAGUAAGAAACAUGUUUCUCCCGGGGUCCGAUGCAUGGCAGUGCGGACAGCUGACGCGGAGACAAAGAAGAAGGGUGGGUUUGAGAUUCAAACGCUGACCAACUGGCUGCUGAAGCAAGAACAGGCGGGCGUGAUUGACGCCGAGCUCACUAUUGUAUUGUCGAGUAUUUCCAUGGCGUGUAAGCAGAUUGCUUCUUUGGUGCAGAGAGCUAGCAUUGCCAACAUGACUGGAGUGCAGGGUGCUGUCAAUGUUCAAGGCGAGGACCAGAAAAAACUUGACGUUAUCUCUAAUGAGGUUUUCUCCAAUUGCCUGAGAUCAAGUGGACGAACGGGAAUCAUAGCAUCAGAGGAAGAGGACGUGCCCGUAGCAGUGGAAGAAAGUUACUCGGGCAAUUAUAUUGUUGUAUUUGACCCUCUUGAUGGUUCUUCCAACAUUGAUGCAGCAGUUUCCACUGGCUCUAUCUUUGGAAUAUACAGCCCAAAUGAUGAGUGCCUCGCAGACAUUGGUGACGAUGCUACUCUUGGCAAUGUGGAACAGAAGUGUGUGGUGAGCGUGUGCCAACCAGGAAGCAACCUCCUUGCCGCUGGAUAUUGCAUGUAUUCAAGCUCCAUAAUCUUUGUGCUCACAAUUGGAAAUGGGGUGUUUGCAUUCACCUUGGACCCAAUGUAUGGGGAAUUUGUGUUAACUCAAGAGAAUAUCCAGAUACCCAAAUCAGGAAAGAUCUAUUCAUUCAAUGAAGGGAACUAUCAGCUUUGGGAUGACAAAUUGAAGAAGUAUAUUGAUGAUCUCAAGGACCCAGGUCCUAGUGGGAAGCCCUAUUCUGCUCGGUACAUCGGUAGCUUAGUCGGUGACUUCCACCGGACGCUGCUGUACGGUGGAAUUUACGGGUAUCCUAGAGACAAGAAGAGCAAGAAUGGGAAGCUGAGGCUUUUGUAUGAAUGUGCACCAAUGAGCUUUAUAGUGGAGCAAGCUGGUGGGAAAGGAUCAGAUGGCCAUCAGAGAGUACUCGACAUUAUACCAACUGAGAUCCAUCAACGUGUUCCGCUAUACAUUGGAAGCGUGGAGGAAGUGGAGAAAUUGGAGAAGUAUUUAGCUUGAUUAACAUGUCAUAGAAAAGAGUAAUUUUGUUUGUGAAGAUUAUCUUUCAUGCAAGAAAUACUCCAAAUCGGAAUUAUAAAGAAAGCAAAAAAAAAAAAAAGAACUCUGUAUUUUUUCUCCUUGUUGAAUUCUUUUGUUAAGACAGCAACAAAGAGUCGUGUAUGUAGGAUUCAAACCA